AUGGCAGCGGCGCGGUCGGCAUUGGCGUCGGCCGGCCGUGCGGCCAACGAGGCCGUGAGCUUCGUGGUGUUCGUGCUGCUGGACGCGCUGGAGGUGCUGCUCUGCGGCGUCUACAAGGUGGCCGACUACGUGGCCGAGGGCGCGUGGCGACCCUGCUACUGCUCCUCGUCGGCCGAGGCGGCGGCGCCGGGGAAGAUCGUCGUGUCCGAGCGCGGCGGCUCCAAGGUCGUCAGCGUGCUCUCCUCCACCAAGGUGCACCUCGAGGACAUCUCCGACACGCUCUACACGCGCCCCUCCGUGCUUUCCAGUACCGCGGCGACUUCGCCGCCAUCUUCGUCGUACUCCUCCCGGUGCGGCGGCACCGUGAGGGCGUCGGCGUCGGCCGUCACCGUGCACUCCGCCAUCGUGCAGAUCCUUCGGGGCAAGGCCGGCGCCGGCGACGGCGAGCACAAGCCGUACCCCUCCCCGCGCUGGUCCGACUGCCACUGCGCCAACUGCAACCCCGCCGACACCGACCGGCUCUUCGUCCACGUCGAGGGCCCUCCAGACGGCGGCGCGGCGGAGGAGGACGUGCUGUUCAUCCACGGGUUUAUCUCGUCGUCGGGGUUCUGGACGGAGACGGUGCUGCCGCACGUGAGCCGGGAGGCGCGGGCGCGGCGGCGGCUGUUCGCCGUCGACCUGCUCGGGUUCGGCCGCAGCCCCAAGCCGGCCGACUCGCUCUACACGCUCCGCGAGCACGUGGAGAUGAUCGAGCGCUCCGUCAUCGAGCGCUACAAGGUCGGGCCCUUCCACAUCGUCGCGCACUCGCUCGGCUCCAUCCUCGCGCUCGCCCUCGCCGUCAAGUACCCCGCCGCCGUCAGGUCCAUCACCCUCGUCGCGCCGCCCUACUUCCCGGUGCCCAAGGGGGAGACGGGGACGCAGCACGUGCUGCGGGCGGUGGCGCCGCGGCGGGUGUGGCCGGCGAUAGCGUUCGGCGCGUCGGUGGCGUGCUGGUACGAGCACCUCGGCCGCACCGUCAGCAUCCUGCUCUGCAAGAACCACCGCCUCUGGGAGCUCGCCUUCCGGGUCUUCACCUUGUACAGGGUGAGGACAUACCUGAUGGACGGCUUCUUCUGCCACACCCACAUCGCGUCAUGGCACACCCUCCACAACAUCAUCUGCGGCAGCGCCGGCAAGAUCGAGCAGUGCCUUGAGGUGGUCCGGGAGCAGCUCACCUGCGGCGUGACCAUCUACCACGGCAGCGACGACGAGCUCCUCCCAGUGAGCUGCAGCUACGCGGUGCAGUCCAAGAUCCCGCGCGCCAACGUGAAGGUGAUCGACGGCAGGGACCACGUCACCAUCGUCGUCCGGCGCCAGAAGGAGCUCGCCAGGGAGCUGGAGGAGAUCUGGGACACCAAACGGACGUGACUUGGCAGUUGGCACUUGGGGGAGAGCGAUGCACAGGGGAAAAAACAGAGGGUCUGAAAUGGGACACCUCGGAAUUAACAGAAGAGCUGGGCUGCAGGUUUGCGAUGAAACGAACAAGUUUCUUAAUGCAGCAGGAGGCGCACGGGGCAAGCAAGGCCCUGGAGAGAUCUGAAGAAGAUUACCUUGAUUUUUCAAAUUUUAUCUUUUUUUUCCUUCUCGAGUUUUCAUAUUGAAGGCUGGGGAAACAAAUCUUGCCCAUUCCUGUGUAUAAUUGUGAUAAGAA